AUGGAUAGGCUCCUGCCACAUCGCUUGAAGGGCCUUCGGCCGCCUUUGGUGCUGCCGCUGGAGGAGGCGCGCUGGCCUGCCCUCGACACGGGCGCCCAUGGGGAGCCGGUCUUCCAAGGCCAGAACGUGGCAGACUACGUGGAUGUGCCCUUUGGCAAGGACGCCCGGGAGCUGUGCCAGCGAGUGCUCGAGAUCUCGAGGGCGUGCAAGAACCCCUCCAUGCAUGACAAGCUGGAUGGCCUCAGCAUCCACCUUAUGGUGGAGUCCCACAUCGCGAACGUCUGGUUUUGCGAGGCGCCCCAGGUGCCGGUGCCCUUUGUGGCAUCGGAGGCCCGCAUCGACACGCGGCUGCCCCUGGAAGCGGUGCUGUGGUCCAUCUACUCGCCUCCGGAUCGCCUGAAAUGGGAUCGCAGCCCCUUCGUGAAGCACGAAAGGAUCUGCAGCGGAGGAGUACAGAUGUCCAGCAGGGCGAGAAGAGAUUUCAUCUAUUCCCGGGUGUCCAUUGCCUUUGGGGUCAGUGAUCGAGACGUGGUGCAGGAGCGGUUUCUCAUGCAACUGCCAGAUGAGGAAGGCUACGCCAUUCUCACAUCUUCCUGUUCCGAAGAGGUGGCCGCCACUUUGGGCCGAAAGCCGUCCACGGCGGUGCGCAGCAGGGAUCUGCUGUCCGCCUACCUCUUUCGGCCUUGUCCGCAAGGCAUCCUGCUGUUUACCCUCUCACAGAAGGACGCAGGGAGCCACGUGCCGGCGAUGUUUCAAGCCAUGGCGCGGAACGCGGGGAAGCGCAAGCCGCUCGAAGCGGCGGAGCAGCUUGGUGAGUACUGCAGACACCUGGCGGGCGCCGAGAAGUGA